AUGCCGGUGAGAAGGCCAGGAGGAAAGUAUCGAGGCCUCAUCGCUCGAAACAAAUCAGAUGCCGAAAUCGCCAAGGAGGCGCGUGACCGGCUGCGGCGCGCUACAGAGGCGGCUAUUCGCAGAGGGAAAGCCAGGAAGAACAAGGACCCUUUGGCGGGCACAAAGCUGAAGAAGAAAGAGGAGGAAACAGAGGCUACACGCCAGCAACGAAUCCUCAACAUGCUCAUCGGAG